UUCGAACCAAUCGCUAAUUGAUCUGAAAUCUGCGACGGAUAGAAAAAGUCGAUUUAGUAUCGUACGCCGAAGAAUAGAAAAAUUACACAUUCAAAGUAGCGGAUACCAUCUCCUUCGAAAGAGGUUUCAUUUUGCGUGAGAUAAUUCUGGUUUGCUUUCCGACAGUUGCUGGCAAUUGUACUAGUUUCUUUGAUAAUAAAUCAUCAAUAAUUGAUCCCCACACAAUCAUUCGUGAUUUGAUAUUCUUCCAUCGUUUUGAAGAUCGCGAUCAUCAAUAUGGCCGAACAGAUCACAGAGCUUUCUGCGUUGGUACAAGCUGCAGCUCUUGAUCCAGAGCUUCGAAGGAGCCUUGAAGCUAUGAUCCAGCAGAGCGGCGGCGCAAAACAGUACGCGGAUACCAUCAAGAAGGAGCACGGACAAAAUAAAAGACCGCGAGAGGGAUGUGCGGAGCCGUCUCCGCAUGGCAAGAGGGUGGCCGGAGCAGAUACUGGGGCCAACGAUAAUGCUGCCAACUCCGUCGGUGGCAGUGGGCUAAUCGAUAACCGCACUAGGUUCGAGGUUCCUAGUGCUUCAAGCGGUGCAGUACGAUGCGAGACCUCGUCUCCGAGGCGAGUCUUCAACAAUCAAGGCGGUGCGUCGUCAUCAUCUUCUUCGGCGCUUCUUGGGUCUCGUUUUCAUGCAGCAGCGUCAUCUUCUUCUGCAGCUUGUGGCCCUGCGGCAGCCAGCAGCUCUUUCAGUGCGUUAGCAUUCGAUGCCGCUCGUGUGAGUAACGGCGCCGCCGCGUGUGGAUACUCAUUGGCUGCGAGUAACAACAAUCACGCCGCUGGCGCAGGCGCAAUCCAGAGUGGAGACGAGUCUUCGGAUAACGAAGCCGCAUAUAGCGGUGAUGAGGAGGAACCCGAUCAAGAGUUGAUGCCAGCGAAUGAGGACGACGGGGACGAUCGAAACAGCUGGGACGGUGAUGGGGCUGACGCGCGGCUGCUGGAGGAUGAAUGUACGCCGCCUGACGCUGAUGCGCUUUGGGGGCCGUACGACCGCAAACAGAAUGCUGUACACGUCGAGACCCUUGGGCAGGGACGUGUUGGCGCUGGCAAAAAUCUUCUUGGAAAGCUUCGAACUGCGGACGCCCUAGACGAUCGAAGCCGACCAGCGCCGGACAGCACAAAAAUGCAAUUCGUUGCGGGAUUAGAGCGGCACCAACUGCGCGUGGCGCUGCUGUGGCGGGACUUCGGGGCGAAGAAGCUGCUGGCGUAUCAUCGUACUGGCGCAGGAAAGACCAAGUCCGUGCUAGCUAUUUUGAGCGCGAACAUGCGGCUCAAAGGCCCCGGCAUUCUCGCAGUGAAGAAUCGCGCGCAGAAGGAUGUUGCUCUCCGUGAGCUUCUCAAAUGGCCUAGCCCUCUGCGCACUUUCGUCGCUAGCGUUCCGGAUGUAGAGGAUUUCGCAACAGCAUGCGCGUCUCCGCCACCUUCUCAUCCUGCUCGCCGCAGCCUUCACUUUAGCGCCGCCGCUGCUUCUUCGUCUGCGUCUAGUAACAAUGACUCAGCCCUAGCAUCAGCUAGCAACCCGUUCGCAACGAAUCCAUUUUUGCGCGACCUCGUGGCACGUAAUCAAGGACUUCUUCCACACCAAGCAAACAUCGCAGCACACGCUCCAUCUACAUCUAGCAGCAGUGGAAGUUCAGGUAGCCCCGCGCGUGUGCACUGGCGCGAUUUCAAGGACGCAGAGUGGGACAUUAGCUGGGCCCUGGCGGCUGGCCACACGGAGCGCGAUAUUCUUAGUGCCGUUGAGAAGGCGCUGGAACUGCGAGGUCGCGUUAAAAAUGGCGAGCUCUUGCCAGGAGAGGACAGGCGCAUGCGCAAAGACAUGCGACAAGCACUUGCGACCGCCCCAGAGUCGUUGGAACACAGUAAGGACGCGAUCGACGCUCGGCUUCCGGCUGCCCCGGUCCGUCUGUACACGUAUGCCGAGCUGGCUCGCGCGCUCACUAACCGAAAAAACCGCGAUGCCGGUCUCAAGUUUGGGCAGGAUGGCCCCAACGCGUUGAACGGGUGCUGCGUUGUUGUGGACGAGGCUCACAACUUGGUGGUGAACGCAGACACAGAUGCCCGGCAGGUGCCUGCGUUGAAACGUUUGGGAAACGCACUGAAGAAUACGAACGCCAAAACAACAGUGAUCUUUCUGACUGCCACGCCUGUCGUGACGAACGAAGCCGGUCAAACGGAUGAGAAGUAUUUGUUGAACAUAUUGCAUGGGGAGGCCUUUCAUCGUGCUGCGCGCGCAAACGAACAGCAUCCCUGCGAUGAGGGCUUCGUGACUUUAUACGAGGACACAGCGCACAUGCCCCGAGUCAAGGAGCACCUUCUCCCGAAAGAGAAGUUUGACAUCUUUGCAGAAGACAGCAAUGAGCCUGCUCACAUUGUUCCGGCUACGCUGCAGGGCCGCAGCUUGGCGAAAUACUGCCUAAUGCAGGUGAAGCUGCAGCGUGCGAAAGGCAAAGACGCGAUCGACGAUGACCUCCUGCUGCGAUGGUGUAGUGGGGAAAAGCAGCUGACGAAGCACACUCGUGCUCCAACGUUGGACCCACUCACUGACCAAGCGCUUGCAGAACGCUACCCCAAACUGUACAAUGUUUACGAUCUGCUGCGAACACAGGCGAAAGAGGGUAAGUGCGCAGUUUUGAUUAGUCGCCGUGCAGGUUUGGAUGAUCUAGCUCGAAUACUGGAGAAGCGACUCCCUCAGGCUCGGCUUUUUGUCUACCGCGACGCGAAGGAUUCUGACGGCGCGUUGUCGAAGUUUAAUGCAUUUAGCGCAGCAAAUCGAGACUACACAGGGGCUGCAAAUGGAGGGAGAGCGAUUGUUAACCGCUCAUCCUCGUGCUAUUCGUCAUGUGGUGCCGGUGCAGCUUCCUCAUCUUCUUCUUCUACUCCACUUUUUCCGAUUUUGAUUGCCAACGUCCGGUUCUGCAGCACUUCCGUGACGCUGAAGGAGGUUCAGAAUUUACAUCUAGUUGAUGUUCCGCAAACGUGGUCGGACUAUCGACAACUCGUAGGACGUGCGCGCCGAUUUCAGUCACACAAAAACCUGCCACCGGAGAAGCAGUACGUGCGCUACUUCAUACACUGCGCCGAGAUGCCAUUUUUUAUGCUCAGCGAGUGUACAAGAAUGCGUAGUGCUUGACCAAAGUAUUUACUUAGAUCUCGCUACUUUCAUGUUUGGUAAGUAACAGUCACUGAGAUUCCAGCGUGCGCGUACUUCUCUUCUAAUCACUCAGCGGCAAGCAUCAGAUGCCUUCAACAUCCUCGGCUACAGCCGACAGAUCUCUAGUCUCAGUUUGAGGGACUUCUUAAAGCCUCUAACCUCCUCACCUCCGAGUGGAAGCGCGUGCUCUAUUCAACCAUCUUGCUGCUGAAAGAGCCUGGCGGCGGGUCGAUUUCAGCGAGUGGCGAUGGUGAAAUUGAAGAGGCGGAGGCGAAACGCUCGAAGUACGAGCGUGAGACUGCAACAUGGGCGCAGCGUUUGCGAGAGGAGGACGACGUUCGAAAUCGCGCAGAGUUUGCCAGGAAGCCGAUCGAUACAAAGACGCAAAUAGUGGAAAGCAGUGGCAUUUUUGGGCCAGAGCACGUGAAGACUUUUCGUAAAAUCUUCAAGCCGGAAGACUCUACGAGGCUGUGGCGAACGAAAAGUAAAGCGGUAGAGCCAAAGCUGCGCACUGCAGCUCGGAAAAAAGAAUUGUGGAAAGAAAUUCGGCAGCAGCUGCGGAUGAGGGAGGGAGCGGUAGACUUCCGAGCUCUUCGUCCUUGGUUUUAGUUUCGUACAAUUAUAUAUUUGUCCAGUAUGCACUUGUUAUGCUGAGAAGCUUAUACCAAUUGAAUUGUCUCAGUCUCAUAUUUAUCAGAGAACAAACACAAACACAGCAACUCACUCAUAUACUUCAGAUUUGCGAUAGUCUGCACGAAGAGGAUGUUGAUCGCAUCUUGAAAGGACCUGGUGGUCGGUUGCCUUUACGCAUUCCCUUCCAGCUACACAAUGUCGAGCCAGUGCUUAUUGAGCCUAGCGUGCUUGAAAAAGACCCGACUCUUCCGCCUUUCGCCUGCCGACUUACUUGGCGAAAAAAGCCGGAGCACUUUCCAGCCAAAGGCCUGAGUGUGUUGACGGCGCAGACGGCGGAUCAGUCGAGGCUGGAGAAGCUGAGAGCAAGCAAAGUGGACAUCGAAACGAAGCAGAACUUUUUGAAAGCGAAAGCAAUCGAAAACGCUCAAUAGAUGAUGGGUUUAUUGCUCGCACUACUUGACUCAUUGGGAAUAGGUUUAGAGCUCAAAAACAGCGACUACUUAUUUGAAAGGUACAAAUACGAUUAAUUAUGCAUUCCCUAAUCAAUCUCUCUUCUAAUGUUGGAUGAGCGCCGUACUAUACAUUGUCUGGUAGCUGAUCUUUACCUAAAAAUGACGUGACAUCACAAUAAUUACACGAAAAUUUAACUGAGCCAUGAGUUGACUCCCGAAACACAGCAAACAUCAUCUUCAGAGUUUAUUCAAUGACGCAUGUACUUUUUUCAUCUCAAAACAAAUUUCGUGACUGUUGCUAUCCCUACUACGACCUCUGUGUCCUCAUUCAAACGAGAGCGAGCAGUCGUCCCUUCAAGAACUUGCAGAACUGUGAAGCAGAGCUUGUGGCUCUGCUCCUGAUGUAGCUUCCUACAGAAAUGGCGCGACUAGAAGUUACUUUAUGGUAGCACUUCACAAACACUCAAGUCUUGCAGGUGUAUUGUAUUGCGACGAGAGUACGGUAAGUAGGUCUUGCUGUUAACAGAUUUAGUCGGCCGGUAGAUGAACAGCGGCAGCCUGCUACGCUAAGGUAUAGCGACCGCAGUUCACGAUCAUGCAGCCAAUGCUGAACAUUGGAUCCGAUGAAAGCUAAUGAAAGCACCUAAGCACCUCUUGCUUGGAAAGAGGGAAGGUGUUUCAAUAGGCAGGAUACGUUCCAAGGGCCGGUGACGAAAACGGAAAAAUUGGCAGCUUUUUGUUGAAGGAAUCAAGAGACUGAGCGACUUUUUUUGGAGCACAAACAACAGAGACGAUAAGAUUUAAAACGAAAAUCGAACCGGACGAUGUUGACAGCAAAAUUUGGUGCAAGAAAACAGACUAGCCUGUUCAAGAUCUCCCGAAUUUUUGGGUUAUUUGUUGACCUGAA